UAACCUGGGUUUUAUUAGCGUUUUUCCGCUGUUGUCUCUGUCCAACUCGCUGUCCAAAAAAAAUUUCUGGCCCUGCGCUUGCGCUUAUUGCUUAAUAAACCAAUUGUGACCGUUAAACGCGAGUGCCAAAGUCACACAAAACUUAAACGGAGUGACUAAAAAGUGGCCUGCGAAAUCCCGGAAAAAUGAAAGCCGUGGAAAAACAGGGCUAACAAACGCAGGCCACCAUUUUUAAUUUCUUUGUUUAUUUUGUGCCCAUCUUCGCGAGCGACAGAGACAGAGGGAGAGAGAGCAGGAGGAGCUGGAAAUCGAAAUGGAAAUGGAGUGAGCACAGGGAAAACGGAUAAAUUCCAGCGAUGGCCAGCAGCGCUGGAAGUGCGGGAAGUAUUCCCGGAUCCGUUGUUUCUGGCGGAGGAGGAUCCGCUGUUUCCAGUUGUGGGACCAUGGCCUUGUCCUCCACCGUAUCCGGUGGUCCGCCCGUGAACCACGCCCACGCCGUCUGCGUCUGGGAGUUUGAGUCGCGCGGCGGCAAGUGGUUGCCAUAUUCGCCGGCCGUUUCGCAGCAUUUGGAACGCGCCCAUGCCAAGAAGCUGACCCGCGUCAUGCUGAGCGACGCGGAUCCCAGCCUGGAGCAGUACUACGUCAAUGUGCGCACCAUGACCCAGGAAUCGGAGGCGGAAUCGGCGGGCUCCGGACUUCUCACCAUCGGCGUGCGGAGGAUGUUUUACGCCCCCAGCUCGCCGGCGGGCAAGGGCACCAAGUGGGAGUGGUCGGGCGGCAGUGCCGAUAGCAACAACGACUGGCGGCCAUACAACAUGCACGUCCAGUGCAUCAUCGAGGACGCCUGGGCGAGAGGCGAACAAACCUUGGACUUGUGUAAUACCCACAUCGGCCUGCCAUACACCAUCAACUUUUGCAAUCUCACCCAGCUGCGCCAGCCCAGCGGACCCAUGCGCAGCAUCCGGCGAACCCAGCAGGCGCCGUAUCCACUGGUGAAACUCACGCCGCAGCAGGCCAACCAACUCAAGUCGAACUCCGCCAGCGGGAGCAGCCAGUACAACACUCUGCCCAAGCUGGGCGACACCAAGAGUCUGCACAGAGUGCCCAUGACCAGGCAGCAACAUCCAUUGCCCAUCAGCCACCAAGUUCAACAGCAGCAACAGCAGCAGCACCAGCAACAACAGCAACAUCAGCAACAACAUCAGCAACAACAUCAGCAGCAACAUCAUCACCAGCAGCAACACCAGCACCAGCACCAGCACCAACACCAGAUGCAGCAUCAUCAGAUCCAUCAUCAGACGGCGCCCAGGAAACCGCCAAAGAAGCACAGCGAGAUCUCCACCACAAAUCUCCGCCAGAUACUCAACAACCUGAACAUCUUUAGCAGCAGCACCAAGCACACGAACAUGGCGACGGCGGCCAGUGCCAGUUCGUCCUCCUCAUCGGCCUCCCUGCACCACGCAAAUCACCUGUCGCAUGCCCAUUUCUCGCACGCCAAGAAUAUGCUGACCGCCUCCAUGAACAGCCAUCACAGUCGCUGCUCGGAGGGAUCACUGCAAUCGCAAAGGAGCAGUCGGAUGGGUUCACAUCGCUCGAGAUCGCGGACGCGUGCCUCGGAUACGGAUACGAACAGCGUGAAAUCGCAUCGCCGGAGACCCAGCGUGGACACCGUGUCCACUUACCUCAGUCACGAGAGCAAGGAGAGUCUGCGCAGCAGGAACUUUGCCAUUUCGGUCAACGAUCUGCUGGACUGUUCGCUGGGUAGCGAUGAGGUGUUUGUGCCCUCGCUGCCGCCAUCGUCGCUGGGUGAAAGGGCACCGGUGCCGCCGCCAUUGCCGCUGCAUCCGCGCCAGCAACAGCAGCAGCAACAACAGCAGCAACAGCUGCAGCUGCAACAGCAACAGCAGCAGCAGGCGCAGCAGCAACAGCAGCAAUCAAUCGCCGGUUCGAUUGUGGGCGUGGACCCGGCCAGCGAUAUGAUAUCGCGAUUUGUCAAGGUGGUGGAGCCGCCGCUGUGGCCCAAUGCGCAGCCCUGUCCCAUGUGCAUGGAGGAGCUGGUGCACUCCGCCCAGAAUCCGGCCAUUUCGCUGAGUCGCUGCCAGCACCUGAUGCAUUUGCAGUGCCUCAACGGGAUGAUAAUUGCCCAGCAGAACGAAAUGAACAAGAACCUCUUCAUCGAGUGCCCUGUGUGCGGAAUCGUUUACGGUGAGAAGGUGGGCAAUCAGCCCAUUGGCAGUAUGUCCUGGAGCAUAAUCAGCAAAAAUCUGCCAGGACACGAGGGUCAGAACACCAUACAGAUUGUCUACGACAUUGCAUCGGGCCUGCAGACGGAGGAGCAUCCGCAUCCGGGACGAGCCUUCUUCGCCGUGGGAUUCCCACGGAUCUGCUACUUGCCGGACUGCCCACUGGGGCGAAAGGUGCUGCGCUUCCUCAAGAUCGCCUUCGACCGCCGUCUGCUUUUUUCCAUUGGCCGAUCGGUGACCACCGGACGCGAGGAUGUGGUGAUCUGGAACAGUGUGGAUCACAAGACGCAGUUCAAUAUGUUUCCGGAUCCCACCUAUCUGCAGCGGACCAUGCAGCAGCUGGUCCACCUGGGCGUGACGGACUAAGGAUAAGGGAGAUAAGGGAGAAAGAACCCAAACACCCACCCACCGAAGCCCCUGAAAUGAAAACAAAACCCUCACCUCGAUCACUCUCUUCCAUUCGCUAAUAAGUUACUCUCUACAUAAUCUCAGUGUGUGUGCAAUCCUCGUUUACUAUGAUAUAUUUUUUUUAUAGAUAUAUUGUAAUAGCGUUCGAGCUGCUCGAACCCUAAACAACAGCAAACCACAAUGGCAAUUGUAGCUUCCUUUCCGCUCUUCCAAUUCGUAUUUGUACUCACUUAGCCGAUAAGGUUCAGUACAUCAUAUGUAUUAGCUAGUUAUUUAGUUAGUUGUAGUUUUAAUUUUAGUUUCCAAGAGAAUCUUGACCCAAGACACCUAUUAGUAUAAGGCAUUAUCCUGAUUCCUGAUUCGAUUCAAGCCACACCACGCCACGCCAUCCCUCAAGCAUUCGAGUGUAAGCUGUGCCAAAAUCGUAGCGCUCCCGUUUAGGAUAUGUAUAUUGUUGAUAUAGAUAGCAUAUAAACCGUCGCCCAUCUCUCCAUCUCUCUCGGUUUCGAAUUUCUCUUUUCUAAUGGGCCUUUAUAAGCCUUUAUAAGCCUUGAGGAAUCCCUUAGGAUAGGUAUAUGCUAUAGGUUUAAUCGUGUUCAGAGAGAGGACUGGAGAUGGGCAGAUUCGAUAGACUUGUCUCACUCGUCUUGGCCAUUUAAUCUCUUCCAUUCAGCGAAUUUGAUGUGAUUUUAAUUUGAAUUAUUCAUUAAUGAACAGAGCCUGCUACGCAUAUAGGGAGCUUAGUUGUAAAAAUCAGCCAGAUAUUCCAUUAUAUAUAUAUAUAUACAUGCAUAAACAUACAUUUAUCAUACCGCAUACAUACCACAUAAAGUAAUUUUUUUAAUUGAAUCUUUUGCACACAUUUGAUGAAUUGUUGCUUUCAUAUUGAUAUCAGCUUAUGUCCGCGUCACCAUAUUUGAUAUGAUAUGAUUUUACCAAGUUGUAUUUAGCACUGAUUAGUUUUUAGUGUUCAUUGCGAAUAUUCCACAGCAAAUUCCACACCAUUAAUAUAUGUAUGCAUAUAACAUAUACAGUACA